AGCCCAGUCAAAUCCUUUGUGCAUGGAUGCUUAGCUUUCUAGCACUCAGCCAAAAAAAAAAAAAAAAAAGCCAAUUCAGUUUUAUGCAUUCUACUUGACUCGUUGGAUAAUUUUUGCCAUCUUGUGGAUGUUCUUACCCCGAUUUUCCCUCCCAUGUGUGACAGACUAAGCCGUCAAGGUGUCUCUCACGGCCAUUUUCAUUCAGUCGGAUCCUAGCGCUUCAUCUCGCAGCAUGGAGCCCGACAUGCCCAACAGUAAACCUGUCAGAAAUGCCACGACGCCCAGCAACCACACCCCUAACCGCAGUGGUCGACACAGGGACCGAUACAGGGACCGGGACACGGAUGAGGAAAGCGAGAAGGGCCACCGCAGCCGAAGACGCCGGGAGCGCGAUGUAGAGCGUGGGGAGGACUACGACGGUGAUCGGUCGCACAGGAGCCACAACCGCAGCAGUCGCUCGGUGUCCAUCAUGCCGCCGCAACCACAGACUACGGACGAUGAGAGAGAUGAGGUGGUGGAAGUGGAAAUCUUACCUCAGGAUGACAACUGGGGAGACAACACGACGGCCAUCACGGGGACCUCGGACCGUUCCUCCAUGGAAGACCUGACCCAACUCGCUAAGAGCAUGGACGAUACCGGCUUUGAUUGCAGCCGCUACUUAGGCUACGUCUUAGCGGUAGUCAUCGGGCUGGUUGCUUUCCUGUCACCCAUUGCGUUUGUCAUCAUUCCCAUCAUCCUACGAAAACAGGGCCAAUGCGGCACGGCCUGCGAUGGGCUCUUCAUCAGCAUGGCCUUCAAACUCUUGAUUCUUUUGAUCGGCAGCUGGGCGUUGUUCUUUCGGAGGCCCAAGGCAAGCUUUCCACGCAUGUUCGUGUUCCGCCUCGUGGUCAUGGGACUCCUUCUUGUGCUGGUCACAGCGUACUGGUUGUUCUUCGGCGUUCGAGUCAUGCAGCAGGAGGUCAUCGACUAUAAGGGCGUCGUUCAGUACGCAGUGUCGUUAGUGGAUGCCUUGCUGUUUAUUCACUACGUAGCCGUCAUCCUGCUGGAGUUGCGACAGCUACAGCCGAUGUACGCCAUCAAGGUUGUUCGGUCCCCGGAUGGGGCUAGUAAGUACUACACCGUAGGAAUGCUCAGCAUACAACGCUGCGCGGCCUGGAUUCUGGAGAACUACUACCGCGAUUUUACCAUCUUCAACCCCCACUUGCUGCGCGUGCCCACGUCACGGGUGGCCAACAAGCUGUCUAAUUUCAAGGUGUACGAUGUGGAUGGUCCCAAUGAGUCGGUUACAGGUCGGUCGCGGGCCAUCCUGGCUGCGACGGCCCAUCGGCGGGACCAGAGCCGCAACGAGCGGUUCUACGAGAAGCAGGAGUACGAGCGUCGCGUGAAAAAGCGCAGAGCUCGUCUGGAGGUUGCGGCCGAGGAAGCCUUCACCCACAUCAAGCGUCUGCACGAAGAUCAGAGCAUGAGUGCUCAUGUCAUGGACCCUACGGAAGCGGCGCAGGCCAUCUUCCCCUCAAUGGCACGCUCGCUUCAGAAGUACCUCCGCGUGACCCGUCAGCAGCCCCGAUGGACCAUGGAUGCGGUGAUCGGUCACCUGACCAUGUGCAUAAGUUACAAUCUCUCCCCGAAAGCAUUCCUGGAAGCGUUCUUCGAGCCAGGACCGAACAUUGUUCAGAGCGUCCGCGACGGAGUGGGAUCCCAGCCCUGGGAGCUGGUGUCGGAUACUCUAGUGUCCCGGCCGAUCAAAGAGGGCGGGACCUUCCAGCUGCGACAGGGGGAGGUGAUGCUCCAGGUGUACGUCAUGAGGAUACCACACUUGAAGGUGAAGGAGGAAGCCUAUGACUAUAAGAACAAUAGGUUUGCUUUGAGAUUGCAAUCGGAAACAUCAGUGUGAGUACCACCACACAAUAUUAGGAUGAUGGACUCUAAAACUGUUCCUUAUUCUGAGCCAUUUUCUUCAUGUACAGUAACGUGGUUAUAAAUCCAAGAGCAUGUAUGGCCACCGUCGACAACGUCGCCCUCUAUCAGUCAUAACGUGAAACUCUGAAGUGAGGGCAAUACAGCCCAAGUUUCAUUUACGUGCACUAUAAACACUGGUUACGCGCACUGGUUACGAGUUAAAAAAUGGACCAUCACUUGGCUGUAAAGAUGUAUAGCGCCCUCACCUAUUGGGAGUCAUUCUGAGUGAACUUUGGCUUCGUGAUGUUGCGAGGAGGGGACUGGAAGCCAGUCUAUCUCACUAUCUUAAGUGUUAGGUAAAACUCUGCCUUCCCUGUUAUUCGUUGAUUUGCAAAUUAACAGAGGGUCAGUACACAUGUUAGAAGUUAGUGCAUAUAUAUACAAAAGCAGAAGUGUGUUAAGUGCAAGGCCGUCAUAAAGAUUUUAAGCGAUUUACAUGUAUUGUUCAUCAGAACAGAAUGACUUAGUGACCUGAAAAAUGUGUUCAAAACAGUAGAAGAAAUGUGUAUGAAAAGUACUUGUUAGUAUAAAUGUAUGGAAUUGGAAGCCAGUACUUUUGUUGAUUACCAAAGCUGAGGUACUUCUCAGUUACAAAAUGUACUGUUUGGGAACAAAACCAAGACUGUCUUGGCUUGGCCAAUGUAUUUCCUAUUACUUGGCUGGCUGAGUAACCAUGUGCCAACGGCUGUUCAUGUGGCCUUUUCCAAAAACAAAAUAAAGGAACAAAAAAAAAUUAAACGUCACUACAUGAAUAAUAAACACUAGUCCUAUCAAUGGCUGCUAGAUUGUGAGUCCCUUUCACAAUAGCAUGUGAGGAAAAUACAGGCAGUGAUGUAGUUCAGUCACUUGGGUUAAGUCUGAGUCCGCAUCUCCAGUCACAUGGGUCAAUUCCAAUUGCGAGUCUUGCCUCAUUAGGUUCCGGUCCGAGUCACGAGUCAUUUCAUUCAAUUACAAGUCCAUGUAAGUGAUGCACUGUCUCGGGGAAUAGGGAGGGACAUUAUUAUUUGCACCAGCACUGUUCUUUAGCAUACCUUUAACCAGUUCGCGCCGGAGGCAGUGUAAACACGCAAAAGUUUUGCGGUAUUUGGAGCGGAUGACAGAUAAACACGCAGGGAGCGAGGCCAGAAAUACCUGUCAGCGACCCGCUCGCAGCGAGCGAGGCUGGAAAUAUGAGUGUGCUGCCCAAGGGUGAUGGCUUCAACCCACCUGGCAUUGAGUUCAAGUGAAAAGUAACCCGGUGUGAACUGGUUACGGUUACUGAAGUACAAAUCGGAAUUACGUAAAAAAAUAAAAACAUGACGCGCAAGUCCCGAUUGAUAACAUCAAGCCCAAGUCAUGAUAGUCCAGGCCAAGUCCUACUCUUUUGCCCAAUGUGACUCUAGUUCAGUCCGACUCCCCAAAAUUUUGACUCAAGACGGACUCGCAUGCUUAGUCUUGGACUCCACUCCUCCAACAUCGAAUGCAAACAUCAUCAAGACACUAGCUAUGAUUAAUGCAUGGACAUUCAUGCAUAUGAUGCAUUGACGCAAGCUCACUUGGUGGACAACAUCCGUCCAAUGAGAGUUCCAAGAAAUAAGAUUUCACCAGCACCCUUUGAUUGGGCCGUGGUUUUGAGCGAAGAGUUGCAUUAUAAAUUGGCCUGCAAUCCAAGUGUACAAUGUACCUUUUCAAGGCCUAUUUCUGUAAAACCUACAGUACAAUGUAUGUAUGCGUUUUUAUGUAGCCUAGAAGGUUAGACAAAAAAUGUCCUUUGUGAGCAUUAUUAAACGUGUCGCUUCUUUUUUUUCUGCCAAAUUCUGUUGUUUUGUUUAAUUUUAAUGCAAUAGUGCAAAAUGCAUACUGUGCACAUGUAUACUUGUACUUGUUCAUGAUUUUAAUCUUGAAGCAUGAAGUUUCUUUUUAACUAUCCACCGAGACUUGUCCUUUUACUUCCAAGUGGUGCAGCCUGAUGAAGGACUUCCAGAUUUUCAUUUUAUUUGUUUUUCUACUCGUUUUCUGUAUUAAAUUCUCAGAUGGAUCUACGCUUUGUAAAAUAACCAUACAUUUCAUCGGAGUAUUGAGACGUGCCAUGAUUUAUUCAUUAGACCCACCUGACUUUUGUACAGCGUUUUAUUGGGUGCUACGGUUAUUUUGUUUUCUAUUUACAUCAGAUUCAGUCUCUGCAUGUGCUUUAUUAAUUUUUCAUGCCUGCUUGCGCAAUUACAAUCAGUUAUGUACAUGUAUGCAAAUAGUUGAUCGAAAAUCAAAAAUAGAUGAUGAUGCACACUGAAAAUAAUGCAAGGUCGAUACACAGCCCAAGUUUCAUUUUCAUUUGAUCGUUAUUUUGUUUUGUGAUGAAAAUCACACUGUAUUGCCUUCCAGUUUGGUUUCUCAAAAAAGAGAAAGCAAAAGAUCACCCCAAAAGUCUUUUUUUUAAGAUGCAUAGAUGUCUCAAAGCACUUGUACACUACAUGCAUGUACUUAAACUUUGUGAAGUAAUUUAUUGUGUAAAUGUUGAACUGACUGUAAAUAACUUAAUUUACAUCAUGUGGGUUUGUUGUGUACAUGUGAUUCGAAAGCAGACAUACACAUGUUUAUGGCCAAAUAGGUGUUACAAAAAUGCACUUUAUAUUCUUUAAAGAAGCCACUUGGUAUUGUAAUUGUUCCAUUUACAACAUUUGGGGGAAAACGUUACUUCUUGGCAAUUGAUAGGAAAAAAACAAAUUCAGCACUACCAGUCCCAGGCAGUGUGUUGUCAAUCAGACUUCUCUAGGUUACCAGUGAAACCAUACCAAAAAAAUCAGCAGAUACAUUUGCAUAUCAAUGCACCGUUUUACCAACUGUUAUUGUAGGAUCACCACCGCUAAUUUCAAGUUGUUAAAAGUUGGUGUAACGUUUUGCAUCCCACCAAUUUGUUUCACUUAUAUCAAGUGCCAACUGCGCAUUGCACGUGAGUAGCGUGUACGUUUACCAGCACUGAGAUUAACGCACAUUGGAACAGUAUUCAUAUCUUUUUUGUAAUUGGUUGAUCGUGCUUAAUCUUGAAAAAUAAUGUGACUUGAAAUUAUGAUUUCAUUAAGAUAUCAGAAAGCUGAGAAGUAUUCCGUCAAUUGUACUUGUAAAUAAGACGUUUCACAGAUAGGGGUUAUUCUAUAAAUUUGGGGCCCACUUUUUUGCCCUGUCCCUGUUACAUUCUAAAAGUCCUAAAUCUUUCAAUUUUCAUAUGACUUUCCACACACCCUAUGGAGUAGGGUUUAAUGCAGUCACCCUUCAAGAGUUGCUAGCAAACUACCUACCCAACAACGAACAAAUAGUUUGAAAUAAGUAAUAAUGACACUUGAAUGACAGGAAUAAAAGUCCCACUUUAGACACUAAAUUUAUAGAAUGGCCAAUAUCAAGCUGGGAAUAUAUAUUGUGUGUAACAGGUAUUGUCAGACCAGGAAAAAAGAAAUGUUAUUUCCCACCUCCUGAAAAACAGUUUGUAGAUUUGUUACUUGUAAUCCUGCUCUGCUUAAAGUACUUUUAUGCCAAAUUCUUAAUAAGAUUUUUUUGCUGUGAAUACCAAGAAAGCUGUAUGUAAUUAUGAUAGUGGAAGCAACGUGUUUGUUUCUGUAGUGCUCCAUAUUUAGCUCUCGGUAGGUCGUGUAAAGAAGUCUGACUCCUGUAUUUAAAAACGAAAAGCUGUGUACAGUAAAAUGAGCGAUGUUGGACUGUUUAUUGGUUUUAUUUUUAGCAGUGUUGGAACUUGUAGUCGAGACCGUCACAAGUCCAUCACAAGUCCUCUAGUCCCAAUUCACCUCACAAGCUAUUCAAAGAGCUUAGACAAAGGUAUUCUGUAGUUAUUGUUCAUCCACCUGUUGCUUGUGACUGGACAUAUGAAUGGACUUUUUGAUUCACUUGUGAUGGGCCCCACUUAACUUCAACGCUGCAUUUUAGCUAUUGUAAGCACAAACUAAAGAGUAUAAAUUGGGUUGAGGGAGAGGGUUGCAACUCUUGCAGUGUUUGGAGAACCAUGUGAACGUUUUGACUUUCUGGAAAAUUGAAACAAAAUUGCUGUUCGAGCCUUUACAUGUCGUGUACAUGUUCGGGGAAUCACACAUCAAAUAAGCUAGAGCCGAAGAAAUUAAACCGAACAGUGAUCAGGUUGCUCCAAGAGGGGGUUGAACCUUCGACCUCUGGAUUACGUGUCUGGUCCACUCAGUUGAACUAGCCGUCCACGAUGCUGAUAUUGGUUCCGACAGCCAGAACCAGUGUUUUAUAUAAAGUCGAUCUAUUUAUUGUGGAUCACAAGUACCCAUAAGUCCAUCACAAGUCAUCACAAAUCUAUAUCACAUGUUAUAGAGUACUUUUGGCUUAGUUUAUUGCAAGUCAGUUGUGCAUGCCAGUGCUCUCCAGCAGAAGUGCAUUGGAGGAUUCUUUGACUCACCAGCCAAGUGAUUUUACCACAGACAUCGACUUGUUUACUUUGGUCUCAUUAUUUAUUGCUGACCAAAGAGUUUCCUCACAGCAUGGCCAAGCUUUCUGUCAAUACCCUUUGGCAGUUCUUGCAGUGCACUUUGGUUCACCCCAAAAGUACAGUGGCAGAUAUUGGAGGGAUGUGCAAAAAAAAUUGGGCAAGUCACUUUUUUCAAAUGUUGAAGUGAUUUGGAGGGUCAGGUAUAGAGCAAGGGUUGAUCACAAGUCCUCCAGGCCCAAGUCAACUCACAAGCUAUUCAAAUGAACUGUGACAAAGACAUUCCUGAUCCUUCGUAGCUUAUUGUUCAUCCCUCGUAAAUGGACCGAUCCAGUAAGCACCGCCCCAUGGUGUUCUGACCAAUCACAGCCGUCAUCUAUGUCCGACGUGCGUGCACUAAAGUCCGACAUGCGUGCACGCGCGUAUGAUGCGCGCGGAAGGAAAAUGCAGCGUGGCAUUGGAGAGGAGCGCGUGUUAAUUUGCCCACGUGCGCACUGGGCAGAGCUUACUGGAUAGGUCCGUUGUAACUGGACUUGUGAACUGACUGUUUGAUUUCUAUGUGACCAGACUUGUGAUGCAUUAUUCAUUUACGAAAACCUUGACUAGGCCUACAGGAGUGUCUAGGACAACAAUUGACUGAAAAGUUUAGUUGGUAGAGCACUUCUGUUGUAUUCAGGAGUUUAUAAGGGUUCACACCCCGAUCUGGUCUCUCUGUUUACUCAAUGAAUUAAAUCAUAGAGAACUUUAGAACAGAUAUUUGUAUUUUCAGAAAUGGUUCAGAAAGGUAUAGUUGUCAAGGGUAUUAAAUGUUGCUUUUAAUCGCAUCGCCUGUACAUUCCGUCAACAUAUUUA